AAAAGAGCGUGGAGUGGGAAACGACAACGUUUCGACGUUCCGUACCAAUAAAACGGCGACGAGAAAAGAAUCCGAAAAGACCAAGGGCAGAGAGAUAUGGCGGUUUCUCCACCGUCCAUAAUCGUCCACAGUGGAGGAGCUGGACCUCUGCUUCUAUCAAGCAAUCUCCAUGCCCGCUUUUUGGCUCCCUCCUCUUCUUCUCGCGUAUGGGGGCAAAGAAGACCCCAAGACCCAAGCUUGAUGGCAGGCAUAAGCAGGGCCCAACCCUCCUUCCUUGUCUUGGCUAAUUCAAAUGUCACUCCACGAAAGGGUGGAUCAAGCAAAGAGGUAAUUAUGGUUGACCCUUUGGAGGCAAAGCGAUUAGCUGCGAAGCAAAUGGAAGAGAUCAGAGCGAGAGAGAAGCUAAAGAGAAGACGUCAAAUAGAGGCGAUAAAUGGGGCAUGGGCUAUGAUUGGACUAACUGCCGGAAUCGUCAUGGAAGGCCAAACAGGGAAUGGUAUUUUGGCUCAGUUGGCUUCUUACUGGUCUGCCUUUUGCCAUCUUUUCAUCCCAUGAAUCUAUGGGGAGGAAUCUGUCUUUGUACUCGUUGUGUACUUGUCCUACACAAAACAACCAAUGUGUAUCCUAUUAAUCUUCAUGGUUGUCAUCAUUUGUUUUAAAAGUAUCUUUUAUCGUAACAUAUUCAUAUAUCGUCUAUAUAUGUAAAUAAUUAUAAUUGUUUUAGAAAUGAAACCUCCCAUUUCUUUA